AUGGCGAGCGUUGACGUCGCUGCCCUCGGCAGUGGAGGGGCAACCGCAACCUCGCACCCUUAUACUUGCAACACCUGCGCGGUUGCCUAUCGAAACAUCGAUCUGCAACGAGGCCAUAUGAAGAGCGACUGGCACCGCUACAACCUCAAGCGCCGAGUCGCUUCUCUCCCUCCCAUCACUUCUGAGAUCUUCAACGAGAAGGUCCUCCAGGCUCGCGCUGUCCAGAGCGCUGAGGCUGAGAAGGCCAUGUUUGAGCGCACCUGUGAAGCCUGCCAGAAGUCUUACUCCAGUGAAAACGCAUUCCAAAACCAUCUUACAAGCCAAAAACACAAAGUGCGCGUCGCCUCCCUUGCUCGCCGCAAGGGCCCAGUCGCCGAUGAUGCCAGCUCCGUUAUGAGCUCGACUUUCUCUCUUGGCGAACCCAUAUCUAUUGAGAAGGAGGCUGAGCUGGAUUCUGAAGCUGAGGAGGAAUUCAUUGCUGUUGUCGAAGGCCUAAAGAAGACCAACAUCGAAGAAUCCAAGGAUGAACGCCCCUCGCCUGUAAAGCGUCCUUCAAACCCUCACUUGUCAGCCCAGGGCCAGCGUGCUGGUGAUGAUGCCUCCAUCAACAGGGAAUCUGAUUCCACCACCCCUGUCCCGUCCAAGCCAGAGAUCGCAUGGACUAUCAAGUCUUGCCUCUUCUGCAACUACGAGUCUCCUAGCGUAACCCUGAACGCUAGCCACAUGGAACGCUUCCACGAUAUGUUCAUCCCCGAAAAGCAAUACCUCGUUGACCUGGAGGGAUUGUUGCAGCAUCUGCAGGAACGCAUCCAUGAGGGCCACCAAUGUCUUUACUGCUUCAAGACCAAAAAGACGGCUUUCGCUGUCCAGACCCAUAUGCGCGACAAGGGCCAUUGCAAGAUUCCCUACGAUACUGAGGAGGUUCAGCUCGAUAUUGGUGACUUCUACGAUUUCCGCAGCACCUACUCGGACGACGGCGAGUCAGAUGAUGAAGAAGAGGUUGAUCAGAACGGUGGAGCUAAACUGGGCUUGAAGCGCCCUACCAAGCUAUUUGGCGAAGAUGGCGAGGAGGUCGACGGUGCCGCAGAGGAUGGCUGGGAGACGGACAGCGAUGCUUCUUCGCUUGAUUCGGACGAGCUGACGGCUUUCACUGCGGAUGGCCGCUACGAGCAAUACGAGCGUUUGGACAAGCAUCCCCAUCACUCUCGUGACGAUCCUCGAGCACACCACCAAGCAGAUGGCUGGCACUCUCAUGCCCACAAGCAUACCCGCGCUGUCUUUUACGAUGACUACGAGCUGCACUUGCCGUCCGGCAAAUCAGUUGGCCACCGCGCUCAUAACAGAUACUUCCGCCAGAACCUCCACAACUACCCUACUCCCGAGGAGCGUGCUGAGCGUCUGGCGAUUGAGGCGGGCUCCGGUGAUGAGAUGGAUGUUGACGGGAUGGAGCUUACCACCACCGGCAACCCCCGUUCUCGCAACAGCCGCGCCAUUGCUCGUAGAGACGCCGCUGGCAUGGCCGGCGUGACGGACAAUCAGAAGCGCGUCGCCAAGGAAGAGGCGACCAGAGGCCGGAGCGCUGCUACCCGACACGAGAAGAGAUACAACUACAAGGUCAGCGAGAAGUUGAACAACCAAAAGAACUUCUACUACCGCUACCAGGCCGGUGGUUGA